CUUGAGUACAGCCCAUGUCAUGUGAUCUAUUAUAGUCUACUGGGCUAGAUAUCUUGGGGCAGCAUGCUAGUCUACAGACGCACUACUAGGCACUAAUCUUCCUUAUGUCAUAAUAUGUCUAGAACUAGAAUUUAUAUUCUAAAUACCACGUAGAUCUAGUAAAAUCUAGUUCCAUAAAAUGAUAGGAGGUUAUAUUUAAAUAUUAAUACUUAAUAGAGAAAUAAAAAUGGGGGAACUUGGUCAAAUUAUUCAUAGUCUUGGAGAUACUUUCAUUACGUAUUUAAAACCUGAGGCCUUUAUAAAUUGGUUCACAUCAUUGCACUCAGGUGUUCCUUGUGAUAAAUUAGAAAAUGUAUUGAAACUUAUCGGUGAAGAUGAGACAGCUAUAAAUGAGUUUACAAGAAUCCUUUCCAGUGUUACUACAAAUGAAGAGCUACAACAUAAUGUUUUACUUGAAGCUAACAAAGAUACAAGAUUCGAAGGUUUCUACUUGAAAUAUAUUCCAUUUAUAAUUAAUGGUCGAUUGACUGCAGGACUUAAUUUGGAUGACUAUAACCACAUAGCUAAAAUGUUACAUAAAGAAAAGCUAAUAUUAGAUAAGAACUUAAAGAUUUGUUGUAGUCAGCAAAGUGAAAGUGAUUUCAAGAGAGAAUUGUUUAAAUCUAUCAAAAGAAAGAAACCUCACUGGCCAUUUGUCUUUAUUGAAAUAAUCAAGCAAAAGAGAAGUGAUAUUUUUAAACGAUGUCGUUUCGAAAUUGAAAAUAUAUUAAAUGAGGAUAGAGCUGAAGAAAACCUUUAUGGUGAUUACAACAUGCCAGAAAGUGCUUCAUACAUAAGCUAUUCAAGUAACUCCACAUCUCUUGAUUCAGAUGAUUUUUCUCUAUCUUCGAACUUUGACUAUGAUCUGGAUGAAUCUAGCAACAUCUCAGAGGAAGGUUUCCACAUACAUGCUAGCUCCCAGCUUAAAGCAUCAGUGAACUUUGAGCAGAUUAUUAAUUCAGGAGCACUGAGUGAAGAUGCCAUUACACAAGAAACUCAGCGAAAAGUGCAGGAUUGGAAGCUCAAAGAAGAGUCACAAUUUUCUGAUGAAGAUAGAUCAAAUAGUGAUGACAGUGAUAGCUCAGAUAGCGAUGACUCUGCUCAAGAAACAUUACCUUUAAAUCUUAGAGGCUAUCAAGAAGAACUAGCAGAAAAGGCCUUAGAGUCUUACAAUACAAUUAUCUGUGCUCCAACAGGAUCUGGAAAAACUAAAGUGGCAAUGCAUAUUAUACUUAGCCAUCUGCAGACCAACAAUGAUAAAAGGAAAAAAAAAGUAGUAUUUUUGGCUAAAACUGUACCUUUAGUCAUUCAGCAAUUCAGCUGUAUUAAAAAGCAUUUGCCAGAACCAUUUCAGUCAAGAUUUUUAAUAGGUGGUGGUGAAGACAGUACAAACCUUCAUUUAAUUCUACCAGACAUUGAUAUUGUUGUAAUGACGCCGAAAAUUUUAGAAAAUCAUCUAAAGAAAAAACAUGUUUUUCUACAUCAAUUUACCAUGCUUAUUUUUGAUGAAUGUCACCACACAUGUCGAGGAGAGCCAUACAACAAUCUGAUGCUGAAAUAUAUUAAAAUCAAACAUAGUACUGGUGUAUUCAGAAGCUUACCUCAGGUUAUAGGUUUAACUGCUUCAAUUGGAAUAGGAAAAGCUGACACAGAUGAACUUGCAGUUAAAAGUAUAAUGGAAAUAUGUGGCAACUUGGAUGCUGUACAUGUUGCGAUUGUUCAGAAAGAAAAAAAUAAAGAAGAAUUAGAGAAACUUGUCCCUACUCCUCAUGAAAUGUUAUUUCGAUUGAUUGAUCAUGAUCUGGAUGUAUUUGUAUUACAAGUCAUCUCAUUUUUCUUUGAUUUGGAAAUGAAACUCUCUGAAUAUUGCAAAAAAGCUGGCAGCAAAUGGCUUGACAAGCAUAUGGAAAAACUAAAUAGUACUCUAAAACGAAGUAGCCAACAUUAUGGCCAGUGGGCUGUAACCAUUAGAAAUAUAGCAAAGCUUUUGCCUCGAACUCACAAUGAAGAGAAACACCUAAUAGUGAGAUAUAUAAUUGUAAUAGCAGAGUUUUUGAUAGCUUACAAUAAUGCACUUGAAGUUCACAGCCUUAUUCAUCUGAAAAAUGCAAUGGAAUAUCUAGAAAAAAGAUUAGAGAAAUAUAAAAAGAAUGAGAAACCAACUAGUGUUGAAAAACAUUGUCUCAAGUCUUUUGAAUCAUUAAAAAGUAUGGUCAGAAAUCAACCUAAUGAAGAAAAUCUCAAUUUGAUCAACUUAAAAAAAGCACUGGUUGAUUGUAUGACGGAAGAGUCACGAGGAAUAAUAUUUGUAAGAACAAGAGCUUUAGCUUAUGCUUUAAAAAAAUGGCUUAAUGAGCAGAAAGAGCUUCAUGCCUAUAAAGCUAUGGUCUUCACAGGAAGUUCAGCUCCCCCUGACAAAGGAGGAAUGUCUCAAAUAACUCAAAAAAACAUAAUUGAGAAGUUUAAAAAAGGAGAUAUAAGACUUUUGGUGGCAACAUCUGUUGCAGAAGAGGGUCUUGACAUUCCUGAGUGUAAUGUUGUUAUCAAGUAUAACCAUAUUGGAAAUGAAGUGACAACAAUACAGAUAAGAGGCAGAUGCAGAAAGGCCGGGGGUGUAAGUAUUCUACUAGCCACAAAUACUAUAUAUGACAAAGAAAUCUUGAACCAAAAAAAGACUGAAUUAAUGAAGCUGGCCAUUGAACUUGUUGCACUAAAGGAUGUAGUUACAAUGCAUGAAAAGAAUUUAGAAUACCAGAAAAGUAUAUUAGCUGAAGAAUUAAAAAAGAAAGAAACAAAAAAUCAAAAGAGAGAGGUUAAAACGAAGCAUUUUGAAAUGACAUGCCAUUUAUGUGGAAAGCUUAGAAUAAGCAGUGAUAUGAUUCGCACAAUUAAUGGAUCACAUAGAGUUAUUAUAGAUAGGGAUAUUUGGAAUGUUGUAAAAAUUAGAGGAACAGAUGGAACUAAAACAUUUGGAAAUACUCAGAAAAUUGGAGCUGUUCAUUGUAUGUCUGAUCCUGAAAAUGAAACUUUCUGUUUUAAUAAACUUGGAAGUUUAAUGAUUUAUCAUGGAGCUUGUUUUGUUGCUCUGGGAAUAGAAAACUUCAGUGUAGAAGCUGAAGACAAAAUUGCUUUCUUCCAAAAAUGGAAAGCUAUGCCUUACUUCAUUCAAGAACUGUCUGAGGAAGAUUUAAAACAAUAUUGUCCUGCAAAAAAAAUAGAUACAGAUAAUGAUGAAACAGAAGAAGAUAGUGUUGACAAUGAUAAUAGCCAAGGAGAAAAACCACAGUGGGAAGAGGAACUAAAGAUAGAAAAGUAACCACCUCAAUAGGGAAGAAGAUCAAGUGGGAAGAUGAUCCACUAAAUCACACAAACAGAACGUACAGAGAUCUUCAUAUCAAAAUAAAAUAAUAGUCAGUUAAAUAGUGGUGGAGUCUAUCUAUUUCUACAUGUUUAGAGCAUCAUAUUGUUGGAUUAAUGCAUAGUCGCUAUAAAUUAUCAUAUAUAAUCUCAAUGCUCUAAGUUACAAAAUGUUGCCAGAUUGAACAUUAUGUGUUAUAAAGAUAUGAGAAAAUUUAAAUGAAAACAUUUUGCUGUAAUUCUUUUUUUUUUUUUUUUUGCUCUUAGCGUUGGUAAGGUUGUGACAUGAAACAGAAUCUUAUUUUUCAGUCUGUUUUUAUCUGGAGAUUAUAUAAUACAGCUCUCUCUCUUUGUAGCUCUGAGAAUAAAGUUGUAAAGAGAAACCUAAUGUCAGUAGUUUUCAAUCUACAAGCAGUAAAUAUGUUGUUAAGGUUCACAAAAUAUAAAUAUAUCUUUAUAUUUUUUUUUAAAAAGGGAAGGGAUAUAAUCCUUAAUUUUUUACUGAUGUAAUAUUUACUUUCUAAAAAGAAAGAAUUUCAAAUAUUUUAAUAUCUCGUACUCAGCAUGUUGCAUUGUGAAGAGUUUCAAAAUCUUAAUUUCUCAUUAACAUAAAAUGGAUCCUGGUAAAGCGUUUUAAAGUUUUGACAUCUCAGGGCAUGGUGGCUAAGGGUACAUUGCUUGACUUCUAAACUGAGGGGAUAUUGAGUUUGAAUCUCAUUAAAGACUGAGGGGUCUUGAGUUUGAAUCCCAUUAAAGACUGAGGGGUCUUGAGUUUGAAGCCCGUUAAAGAGUCUUGAGUUUGAAUCCCAUUAAAGACUGAGGGGUCUUGAGUUUGAAGCCCGUUAAAGAGUCUUGAGUUUGAAGCCCAUUAAAGACUGAGGGGUCUUGAGUUUGAAGCCCAUUAAAGACUGAGGGGUCUUGAGUUUGAAGCCCAUUAAAGACUGAGGGGUCUUGAGUUUGAAGCCCAUUAAAGACUUGGGGGGUCUUGAGUUUGAAUCCCAUUAAAGAUUGAGGGGUAUUGAGUUUGAAUCCUAUUAAAGACUGAGGGGUCUUGAGUUUGAAUCCCAUUAAAAACUGGGGGUCUUAAGUUUGAAUCCCAUUAAAGACUGAGCAUGUGACAUUUUUAGGGCACUCUUGAGUCUAUCUGAUUCUAAUCAAUACCUAGAAUUAGUUGGAAAAGUAAAGUCAGUUUCAUCAUUGUUAAUCAUCACUUAUAAAAGCAAAUGAGUCUUACAUCAUCUAUCAAAUGGAUCACAAGGUUUCUAAGGAGAAAAUUACUUUAUAUUCAUAAAACAUGCUAGUUUCCCUUAAAAACAUAGACUAAGUUUUCAAAGAUAAUUAUCUAUAAUAUUUGUCACAAAUGUUUUGUUUUUUUCUAAAUAAUGUGUAUUAAUUACUAUGGAAAUUUUUACUAUUCUAUAGUUAUGAAAUGUUAAAUAUCCUAAUUAAUGUGGUGCAUGGUACAGUGCAUUGAUUUUCUUUCAUGCUUAAUUAAGCUUUCUAGUAUUUUUAAUUUUGUCAUUGAUGUAGUUUAAGAAAGCUGGGUAUUUUUUUUUAUAUAUACUUUUGUUCAACCAUAUCAAUUAGUAGAUUAGGAAUUAGGAAACUACAGACCAGUAUCACUUACCAGCAUCACAUGUAAAAUCCUAGAACACAUAAUAUGUAGCAACAUCAUAAACCACUUAGACAAACAUAAUGUCCUCACACCAUACCAACAUGGCUUUAGGAAAUAUAGAUCAUGUGAAACACAACUAAUAGGACUAAUUGAUGAUUUUUCAAAAGGUUUAGAUAAUAGUGAACAAAUAGAUGCUAUCUUACUAGAUUUUUCUAAGGCUUUUGACAAAGUUCACCACCAUAGUUUUCUUUAAAAAUUAAAAUAUUUCGGCAUUAAUGGUCCACUGCAUCAGUGGAUUAAAGAUUUUCUGAUAGGGAGAGAACAAACUGUAAUAAUAAAUGGCUCUAAAUCAACACCGAUAACAGUAAACUCAGGUGUAUCUCAAGGAACAGUCUUGGGUCCACUACUAUUUUUAAUUUACAUAAAUGAUUUACCAAAUUGCAUUACUUCAGGAACAAAAGUCAGAUUAUUUGCAGACGAUUGCAUAAUAUAUAGAACAAUAAAAACAACACAAGACACAGAUAUUUUACAAAGAGAAUUAGAUGAAUUACAGAAAUGGGAAUCAAAUUGGAGCAUGUCAAGAGUAACAAAAAAACUAAAACAAAUUAAUUCCACUUAUCUUAUUUAUGGCAAACCAGUAACACAGACUAAAAAUGCAAAAUACCUAGGUGUUAUAAUAAAUGAAAAACUGUCAUGGAAUCCACAUAUUGAUGAAACUACAAAAAAAUCAAACAAAGCAUUAGGAUUUAUUAAAAGAAAUUUCUAUAAAUCAAAUAAGAACAUAAAACUAAAAUGUUAUUUAACCUUGGUUAGGCCAAUAAUAGAAUAUGCAUCCUCCGUUUGGGACCCCCUCAACUCAAGAAAACAUUAAGAAACUGGAACAGACACAAAAUAGAGAAGUGAGAUUCAUAACAAACAAAUAUUCACAUUUGACUAGAGUAACACCUUUAGUAAAAUCCCUAAUUUUAGAAAGCCUUCAGGACAGAAGACUCAAAAGUAAAGUAGCAAUUAUACAUAAAACACUGAACCAUAAUCUUCAAAUACAAAAACAGAAUUUAAUAAAAUACUCUCAAAGACACAAAAGAUAAAGGCACAUUCCUCGUCCCAUAUGCUUGGACAAAUUUGUACAAAUACUCCUUCUUCCCUAGUGCUAUUAGAGCAUGGAAUGGGUUGCCUGAGCUAGCCAGGAAAACCAGUGACUUGGCAGAAUUUAAGUCAUCGGUUAAUAUGCAUGACUAAAUGCAUGACGCGUAGGACGUAAUCAUCUUCUUUUUUGAAGUAACGUCUGUAUUAUAUAAGAUAGGAUAAUUGGAAUUUGAAUUCCCUUCCUCCUAAUGAGCUGAUAAUGCAUUGUAGUUUACAGCUCUAAAUAUCAAAAGUUUUACUGGUUUAUAAAUUACAGAUUAUUAUUAUUGUCAUCAGUAGACUCCUUGAUCUCAUUGUACAAAGUUUUACUGGUUUAUAAAUUUCUAAAGCAUGUGAAAUAUGUUUUUAACCAGUGUCUGGGCAUUUUAUUAGCUAUAUCUUAUAUUAUCAACUAUUGUAUCAAUGUAAAGAUUCCAUAAUUUGUUCUUUAUUUUAAAGCCUUAUAAGAGUAGUAAUCUAGGUAGCAGUUUUACCAUAAAUAAGUUUUUUUGUUUUUGUUUUUGUUAUCUUUUUUUUUACUCUCAGAAACUCAUAGUAAGUUAUUUAUUUAAUUGAUAACCUUGAAGGAUAAUUAAAAUUUGUUUUCAUUCAGAAAUUAUUGAUCCAACAUUUUAUUUAAUUUAGCUCAAGCCUCAAUUAACCUACGAACUACUACAAAAAAAUAAGUGUAAGGGUGGGAGAUAACUAGGAGAAAAAAAAGUGCUUUUUAAAGUUCUCUAAACUUUGACCCAAUCUGUGUUAAAACUUGUUGGAAUGGGCUUUUAGGUUAUUGGGUAUAAAAAACAACGAGUUACCUCAAAACUGCUCUGGUUUUUUACUGUCCACAUUUCUGCUCUUUCUAUGCUAAUGAACAAAGGCAAUAAAAACUUUGAGAUGCCUAAUUUGAAAUAUUUUCUUUAUUUCUUUUACCAGUAAAGUUUUUAUGUUUAACGUUGGCCAUAGAAAGAGAUGAUCUUUACAUCAUCCCCCCUAUAAAUUGCAAGGUCUGAAAGGAGUACCCUACCUU